AUGAAUCUCAGAAGGUUGGUGAACAGCCACUGGGUUGCCUGCUACCCUAAUCCUAGUCACUACUGCUGCUAUAACAGCCCCACGCCAAGAACAUGAACAAGCUGCUGCUUUGGGCCUCUGUCCUCACCAGCCUCCUGGGAGCCUUUGCUGAGACAGACCUCAGUGGGAAGGUGUUUGUGUUCCCCAGAGAAUCUUCUAGUGAUCACGUGAGCUUGAUUACACAGCUGAAGAAACCUCUAGAGAACUUUACCUUGUGUUUUCGAGCCUUCAGUGACCUCUCCCGUCAGUACAGCCUCUUCUCCUACAACACCCAGGGCAAGGAUAAUGAACUACUAAUUUAUAAAGAAAAACAUGGAGAGUACAGUUUAUACAUUGGGAAAGCCAAAGUUACAUGGAAAGCUGUCGAAGAGUACCCGGCCCCGGUGCACAUCUGUGUUAGCUGGGAGUCCUCCUCAGGCAUUUCUGAAUUUUGGGUAAAUGGGAAGCCUUUGGUGAAAAAGGGUCUGAAGCAGGGUUACUCUGUGGGAGCUCACCCCAAGAUCGUCCUGGGGCAGGAGCAGGAUACCUACGGGGGUGGAUUUGAUAAGAGCCAGUCCUUCGUGGGAGAGCUUGGGGAUGUGUACAUGUGGGACUCUGUGCUACCGCCAGAAGAGAUCCUGUUGGUUUAUCAGGGUUCCUCCCUCAAUCCGAAUAUCCUGAACUGGCGGGCUCUGAACUAUGAAAUAAAAGGAUAUGUCGUCAUCAAACCUAUGGUGUGGAUUUGAGAUCUUGAAUCAAGAGGGCUUGAAAAUGAAAAAAAAAA